UGAGUGCAGCUGCAGUUUGUGCCGGCGAGUGGGAAUGAGGAAGUGUAGAGAGAGAUCGAGCUGGCAUCAUGGACGUCGACGUGAUUCUGCGUUAAAGUGCUUAUCAGUCAUUUUGGUGGUUUAUAUUUUCGGUUUGGCACCAUGAAGGUAAAUGAGAACACUCUACUGGAGGGACACAGAGUCGUGUUGGUUCCGUACAACGCAGACCACGUGCCCAGGUAUCAUGAGUGGAUGAAGUCUCCUGAGCUGCAGCAGCUGACCGCCUCAGAGCCGCUGACCCUGGAACAGGAGUACGACAUGCAGAGGAGCUGGAGGGAAGAUAAUGACAAGUGCACAUUCAUCAUCUUGGACAAGCAGCGGUGGGCGGACUCCAGUCUAGAGGAGGAGCAGUGCAUGGUGGGAGAUGUGAACAUCUUCCUGACGGACCCCACAGACCCCUCCUUGGCUGAGUUGGAGAUCAUGAUAGCAGAGCCCAGUUACAGAGGGAGGGGCAUCGGGAAGGAGGUGACAUGCAUGAUGAUGAGCUAUGGCGUCAGCAAACUCGGGGUCAAAAGGUUUCAAGCAAAGAUCGGGCUGGACAACGAGGUCAGCAUCGGCAUGUUCAAGAAACUCCACUUCCAGGAGGUGUCGGUGUGUAAAGUGUUCAAAGAGGUGACCCUCGAGAUGACGGUGGAUGAGUCUGUUCGGACGAGAUUGCUCGACGACACGACCUUCAUGAAGCAAAGGGACUACACACAGACCUGCGGCAGCAGACGGGAACUGGUUUCCCAGUGAGGCAUUGUGCUGCACUCUCACAUCCUAAAGACUUCCGGCUGUGAAGCAGAUCGUUUCGCACAGGUGAAAAAAGCCGGGGAGACCAAGCUGAAAACUGCUGUGUGGUUUAGGCUGUGCUCCACGCGCACGCCUUUCCUUCCACUACAUUUCAGGGAGAUAUUGUACUUAUUACUCCACUACAGCUACCUGACAGCUGGAGUUACUAGUUGCACUAUAUGGCCAAAGUAUGCGGACACCCGCAUGUGAUUAUUAUUACACAUGUAAUUCCAAAACCAUGUCUCUUGAUCUGCUGACAAACCAGGCUCACGGCUUCUGGGAAGACUUUUUGCCAGAUUUUGGAAACUGGCUGCAGGGAUUUGCCCUCAUUCGGCCUCGAGAGCAUUGGUGAGGUCGGUCACUGGUGUUGGGUGAUGAGGUCUGGCUCAUAGUCGGUGUUCCAGUUAGUCACAGAGGUGUUGGGUCAGGUUGAGGUCAGGUCUUCAGACCAUUCAAGUUCUUCCACACCAAACUGAGAAACUAAUUUCCUGACUUUGUGCAUGUCAUGUUGAAACAGGAGAGGGUCUCCUCAGACUGUUGCCACCACAUACGCUAUUGACCCUUUAUCGAAACCAAAUGAUCAUAAAAACAGCCCCUGUCCACAUACUUUUGGCUAUUUAGUGUAAAUUACAGAUCAAGAUUUUCCAUUCAUCAUCUAUCUCCAAGAUGCUUAAUUUUUAAGAAAUGAGCUUUUACUACCUUUCUUUCUUUAUUUUCUUCCCUCCUACCUUUUUUUUCUGAAAAAAGGUGAUGUGAAAACACAACAAGCUCCCAAACAAGAGGUAUGAGCUUUUUACCCAACACUGAAACUCUGCUCUUCUUUACAGUCAAUACUUUUAUCCUGUAUAAUGACUUUUUACUCCUGAAAGUAGAGCAUCUACUCAUCAUGCAGUUAUUUUUUCAGCUUUUCCUGAAUUCUGAAGUAUCUGAAUGCAUCUUUCCCUUCUGACACUUAAGAGAAAUAGCUUGACAUUUUGGGAAAUUCGCUUAUUUACUUUCUGGCAGAGAAUUAGAUGAGAAGAUUGAUACCGGUCUCGUGUCUGUACAGUAAAUAUCCAGC